AUAAGAAGCCGAGAGAAAGCGAAACUUUGCCGGCUUCCCUAGCCUCUAUUUGGAGUGUGUUUAUGCGCCAGUGCCGAGCGGGCUUUGGAGAAGGGAGGCUUUAGUUAACGUGUGGGGGUAGUAGCCAUUGCAGAGGUAAACUGAGGCUGAAAAAAACCUUCACCCUGGGUCCGCGAUUGCGCAAAAAGGGCUUUAAAUGCCCUAAAUGUGACCUUGCCCAAAAUGCAUCUCACAAUUUCUGCAGUAACUGUGGGAAGAGGUUGCCUGAGGCUCCUACCAGCGCACAAAUUGCAGAAUAUAGAGAUGCAGAAGUGAUGUCAGUGCUGGAGAUGGAGCCUGGGGGAGAACUGAGAAUGGAAAGCACCCCUUCCUUGGGAUCCUCUGUUGGUGGGCAGCCACCCUCUGGGGAAGCACUUGGGGAGCCAGAAGAAUCUCUGUCAAAGAGCCUUGGGAGCCAGGUUUCUCUUACACAGAAAAAAAAGAAGAAGAAGAAGAAGAAGAAGAAGAAGAAAAACAGGAAUCUUUCAGACUCUGAACGACACGACUCCUCAACAACAUCCUUUAAUUCAGCACCAUCCAGUCUUGCUUGUUUUAACCCUGAAGUGAUGGAUUCAAAAAACAUACCUAAAGAGAGUCAAAACCCAAAAGCUAUAUUGACCAGGCCUGGCAUGGAGUCCACUGGGGACAAUGAAGGUCAAAUUAAAAACAGCCCCUUGAACAUAGAUCAAAGUCUGCCAGUCACUGCAAAAAAUCAUGUUGGUGGUAUUGAUUCCAAGGCUCAGCCACAGCAGGAUAGUCAGAGUGGUGCAGUAGGUCAACAUGCUGGUGCUGCAGUCACCGAGGAGAAGAUUGAGGAGGAAAGCUCCAAAAAAGAUGACAUAAUUGAUGAACUUAUGGGUUCUGGUAAAGAACAAAGUCACACAACUGACCAGUCUCUGGGAAAUCUAUCAAAUACUCAAACUUUGGUUGUCACACCACAUGUUUCUGAGGAAGGUGCAGAGAACAUAUCUUCAGACCUUCACUUUACUGCUGAAUCUUCUGAAGAUAAAGGUGCAAAAUCAAGUGAAGAAGAUGAAAAUCGAGAAAUUAAGAGAACUUUGUCUGAAUCUGAAGAGAGACAGGGACAUAAGACAAAAAUUGAAGACGAGGCUAAGCAACAGAGGAGUAAUUCUGUUUCAGAGAAAGCCAAGUUGGAAGAAGAGACUAAACCAACAAAAGUAACUGAAAAACCAGAAGAAACAACAACUCUAGUAGAAGAAUCUGAUGAGAAGGGAAAGGCUUCUGGUGCUACAAAUCAGGAGAAGCAACAGACAAAUCAAAAGUCUAAGAAGCAACAGUCAAACCAGGAAGUCAAGCAGAGCUAUGUGCACUCCGCUGAUGGUGUCACAGUAUAUUUUCAUGCUGUACUGUCCAAGGACUUCAAAUUGGAUCCUGGGAAGCAUAGAGUUUUUAUCAGGACCCAAGGCAUUUCUGGUUAUAAGAACUGGAAGGACAACAUUUGUGAUCUGACUUGCUCAAAGGACCUUGGUGAGCAUGGUCACCUAAUUGAAGGCUGUGUAACAAUUCCUAAGGACAACAUGAACAAACCAAUUGCCUAUAAAUAUUAUGUUACAUGUGGGAAGGUUGGAGAGUGGGAAUUCAUUUACAAACCUACAGAAAGCGUCGUGAAUCGUUUUUUGUAUAUACCAUCAGAUCAGCUAUGCGGUACAGAUUGGCAUCAGUACGAUGAUAUAGUAUGUGUUAAACCACCUGACACUACGUGGAACAACAUUAAGAACCAUAUUCCAUGGUUGAAAAAUCCAGAGAAAGAUGUUGUGAAAGGAAAACGAAUAGCAGCAAAAGUGAUGCUGGAAAGUCUCUUCAGUAUACUGAACACGUGGACUCCAAUCAAUAUCAACAACUUCUUCCAGCAGUUCCAGCAGUUUUAUUUGGUGAAUAGGAAAGCAAUGAUACAUGAGGUGUCCCCUGUGGAAUGGACAGAUUUACAGUUUGGAGAAAAACAGAUCAAAGAGCUUAUUCUGGAUUAUAUAAGAGAAGUAGCCAAUUCUCUUCUUAACCAGAACAGUGCAAACUGUCCAUCUUGGAAUGUGGCAAAGAGAAAUAAACUGAGCCUGGCACUGAUCAUUCUUCAACUUGAAGAACGCUAUCUCCUUCCAAUACGAAAAGAUGAACUGAUACAGUUAUGCAGCCUUCUUUGUUCGGAGAAGCCACCAGCAGAUGAAGUAAAGUCUCUCAAAGAGAUGUUUGCGGGGAAUCCAUGUUUGGAGCAAUGUUUAAAGGGUUUAUGCAAUAGCUGUAUUGUACAUGAUAUUCACCAGUGGCUGUGGACAAUCCCAGUUCUUCAUCUGUUUACUGCUUCUGUUGAUCCUGAAUACGUUCAAGUGAAUACUCAGCUUGAAUCUGAAGAGAGAUGGGCAGGGCUGGAAGGACUUCAAUUUAUUGAUUGCAGGGAUAAACAGGAACAUAAGAAAGUCUUACUUCCACUCAUGAAAGAAAAAAAAUACUUGAUGAAAGGAGACAGAGCACUUUUCAGGUCGUGGUUCACCUUGCUGCCUUUGAGGGACUUGACAGAAUUUAUUUCUGAUUCUUCUGCUAAUCUGUUGGACUGUCUUCUAGGGACCUUUCAUCGACUGAAGAGUAUGACAAUAGAGUAUUGUAACUAUGAGGAGGUGGAAAAGCUUCUGGAGAUGGUGUUGCAUAUUCUCUGUAAUACACAAAAUGACAAGCUACAGCAGGACACUUGGAACUCAUAUGUGACUAUCUGUGUAAGACUUCAUCAAAUGAUAUGCAGCAAAGUUCAAAUGGUAAUGCGAUACAAGAUACCAGCUACAUCUGCUGGUAUUGUUUCAAGGCUUCUUGGACUUGCACCUAUAGAGGCUUUAAAAGUAUUCCGAAGGCUUUGUGAUGAUACCAAGAACUGGUUUCAGACAGUCCUGCCAAAACCUUUGCUAAAAGAUCAUUCAGAUUGGGUUAUAUUUACAUUUUCAACAGAACUUACGGCAUGGGAUCAUUUUUUGAAAAUAAACUUUUCUAAUAUGAAAUUCACAGAGGAGUGGAAGAAAACUCUAAUUACAGAUAUGGAAGGCAGGAUCAAGCAGGAAACUGCUGUUAAACAGAUUAAAGCCUAUUGCUGUUGCUGUGAGGAAAUUGAACAACUUGACCCUAUGAUUAGCAAAGUUUUUGAAAACUGUGCCACUGAAGCUAUCAAAUUAGCAUACCAGGAACAGAUUAAUCUCCUUGACCUGAUAUCUUCUUACAACCUGAGCAAGCUGGGUAAACUUGUUUCUGCAGCUAUCACAAAAUCAUGGCCGACUGAUGAAGCAGGGAAGCCUAUAACAGAUCUGGGAUGUGUGCUGAAUCAUCUGCUUGUUUGGCCAGACAUAAAGCAUCUUUUCAUCUUCAAUGGUGUGGGUGGCAACAUUCUGGACCAACUUACCAGUGAAGCCCAAGAGCUAAUGGCCAGCGCUGAUUCUGUAUAUACAAAUGUUUCUGAUGAGCUCAUGACAGGCCAUAUCCUAGUCAAACAUUUGGAGCUAAUUUUAAAGCACAAGAAACAAUUCCUAUCCAUUUGGGAAUUAAAGUGCAAGCGUCUUUCACUGUUGGAAGAAAAAGAACACCAAUCAAAAUUAGAAGGGGUGCUUGCGAUGAGACUGCAAGAAGUACUGUCUGUCAAGAAGGAGCAAACAUGGUUGGGAUCCCUCUUGGACAUGUGCAGGAAGGUGCAAGAUUAUAUAAAAGUGGAUAUUGCUGAAAUGGAGCAGAAGCACAGUGAAAACCUGGCCUCAAAAGCAUUGGAUGAUGUUGUGAAUGUGAGACGUUCAGUUUCCCAGAGUGCUGAUAAAAUAGAAACAUAUUACCACCUGAGUCCAGCCCUAAAGAAGAUAUCUGAAAUUGUGCAUAAUUCUAAAGAUAGCCAUGUCUUCCAAUACUGCUGGGAGUGGGCAGCCAAAAAGCUAGUCAACAGUACUGAGGACUGUAUCGAUGAGGAGGACAUUGUUGCUAUGAAUCUUGAGGAAGUGCCUUCCUCCUUAUUUCAGCCUUGUCACAAUGAAUUCUGUAGGCUUUAUAAUAGUCUGAAAUCUGGAGAGCUUACGUUUGCCGAGGUAGACACACUGUUCAGGGAUUUUACUAACCAUUAUGAGGAUCUGAAAAACGAUUGUCAGAUUAUGUGCGAUCUGCAGCAUCAAGGUGGUAGAGAAUGGAUAGCUGAACGGAUUCAACAAAUCCAGCAAUAUCAUGAGUUGCAUUUGGCUAUGGACUCUGCUAAGGUUAUUGACAAGGUCAAGGAAGGUUUGAAUCUCUCAGGUGACUUCAGAAUCCUCCUGCAUUUAUUGAACUUUGUAGAUAAAUUCCAGUCCUUUCAACAAGAAAAGCUCUCCUCUAUGAGUCCUGCAUUGAUGCGUGUAAAGAAACUGUUGCAAGGCAUCACUGAACCACGUCGUAGGUGCCUUGAGGAGCUUGCACUCCAAAAGGACUUUGUCUGCUGGGUCAAAGAGGCUCUGGAAGAUAUAAAUGAACUGAAGGUGUUUGUGGACUUGGCUUCUAUCUCUGCGGGAGAGAAUGACAUGGAUGUGGAUCGUGUGGCUUGUUUCCAUGAUGCUGUGCUUGGCUUCUCGUCCCUGUUGUAUGAGUUGAAGCGGGAAGCGGGGUUUGAGGAGUUCAUGAUGUGUUUGGAAAAACUGUGGAAAGCCCUGGAAAGUGACAACAACCUCCCUAAAAAACUGUGUGAUUCUGCAAGAUACUUGGAAUGGCUAAAAACGAUAAAAGAGAGCCAUGGUUCUGUGGAACUGUCAUCUAUAUCACUGGCAACUACAAUCAACAGCAAAGGGAUCUACCGAAUUAGGGCACCUGCAGAAGGCCAGAAGGUUUCUCUGGACGCUGUCUUGUGUCUGACCAUCCCAGAAAGCCAUGGUGACCAAGAAGAGGUACGGAAUUACUCGCUGGAAGAGCUCAGAGAACUGAUGAACAAGCUGAUGCUGAUGUCAGGAAAGGUAGAACAAAGUGCAGAAGUGGAAAAGUUUUCUGAGGUAUUUUCUAGUGUCCAGAGGCUUGCAUUGGCCUUCAUAGACCUUUAUUCUGCUGGAAACAUGCUCUUCCGAUCUUGGCUCGCUGAAGUAUAUUGCUCACCCGAAAAUGAGUUCUGUCUUAGCAUGGACUUCAAUUUGAAUCUUGGCUGUGCCUUUUUUGGAAAUGGAGACAUCACAGAAGUUCUGCCAGCCAUUUGCCGAAAGAUGGAAAGUUUUCUGGAGAAGUGGAACCAGUUCAUGUCUGAGAAGAGAUCCCAGUACUUUUAUUUGAAUUAUUACACGGCUGAGCAGCUUGUAUACUUGUGCAGGGAGCUUGGCUCAAAGUGCCCCAGUGAGGCUGCCUUAAUGAUGCUGUCAUUUAUAAAGCACAAUUGCAGCAACCAAGAUGUUCAGGAGGUCUCCAACCGAGUGCUAUCUAAAAAGCCAAAGAGGAAUUUUGCUGAUCCGUUUAGGCUGGUGGCAAGGGAGAGAGAGUUGACCACACAGCUGGAGCAUAUCUGGGAGUCGUACAUGGGCAGCAUGGGCUUAUUCCUUCCAGGCUACUUGGACAUUGAAACCCUUGGAAUUUGCUUGGGCACCCUGGCAGAGCUGGAGAAGAGGAGUGUUAUGCGAAUACUGCCCCAAGGUCUUCAUCCUGGCAGGCCCAACCUCAUUCUCUGUCCUCGCUCUGAAGUGUUAGCUUCAGCACUGGCCAUCUACAUGAACAGUCCAGGGGAGAUGCUACCUUCUUACGAUGAGGUUCUGUUGUGUACACCACAAACUAGCUAUGAGGAAGUGGCACUGUUUUUGAAGCGGUGCCUCACUCCAGGCUGUAAAGAGAAGAAGAUUUACACUUUGCUGUUUGCAGAUGAGUUGAGCUAUGAUGUUGGCUACAGGUCUGAGGCACUCUUCCAGAGCCUUCACUUAAAGCAUCAGGAUGAUUAUAGCCUAGUGAUUCUCUGCAACUGUGAGAGAGAGCACUGUUACGUUCCCUCUGUCUUCAGUCAGUUCAAAGUUCACAUGAUCCCUCAACAGCCCCUGAAGGGCAUUCAGUGCUACCUUGGGAAUCAUUACAAAGCUGCACAGCAUACAAGUUCCUCAGCUUCUGUCUUCAAGGACCAAAUGUGUGUUGGUAUUGUAUCUUCCAAAAGAGCCGGAGUAGGAAAAUCUCUCUACAUAAAGAGACUGCAAGAGAAAAUGGAAGCAAAACUGCAUGGCUGUGAAGUGCCAUUAAAAACCAUUAGGUUGAUAGACCCCCAUGUGGAUGAAGGCAAAGUGCUAAAGUCUCUCCUCCCAUUCCUGGACCAUCAGUACCAGACACAGCCUGUGAUAUUUCACUUUGAUAUCACUUCUUCAGUCCAGCUUGGAAUUCCAGAAUUUUUGUUCAAGCUGUUAGUUUUACAGUACUUGGCAGAUAAAGAUGGGAAACUCUGGCUGCGGAAACAGUGUCAUUUGUAUGUUGUAGAAAUUCUUCAAGCAUCUCCAUCACCAAAAAAACAAACAAGAUCUACCAUUCCAGGAUUGAAGUACAACUUCAUUGAUGUGUUCCCCAAAAUAACCUGCAGAACUCCCAAGGAAGUAUUGGAAAUGGACACACAGAGGAAUCUGUUUUAUGGUUCUGCAGACCCAGGAAUAGAUCAGGAAGUGUUCUGUAGUGAAGCCUUUCAGAGACCAUUCCAGUACUUGAGAAGAUCCAGCAGAGGUGACAACCUUGACACAUUCCAGUACGAAAAAGACUCAGUCGAAGGGACACCAGCAGAAUGCCUCCAGCUGCUUCUGAUACAUUGUGGAGUGAUAGAUCCUUCUUGGUCAGAACUGAGGAACUUUGCUUGGUUUCUGAACCUUCAGCUAAGAAAUUGUGAAACAUCCGUGUUCUGUAACGCUGCUUUUAUACAUGACGCUUUGCAGGGCUUCAAAAAUUUUGUGGUAACAUUUAUGAUUUUAAUGGCAAAGGAUUUUGCAACACCUUCUCUUAACAUUUCUGAUGAGAGCCCCGGGAUGCAAUUUGUUGACAUGGAAGGGGUCACAGAAGAAGAUCUUGCUCCAUUUCGUAUUCGGAAGAAGUGGGAGUCCGAACCACACCCAUAUAUAUUCUUCAAUGAGGACUCUGUAUCAAUGACCUUCAUUGGCUUUCAUCUUCAGCCCAAUGCAAAUGGUGGUAUUGAUGCCAUCAAUCCCUUAAAUGGGACUGUCAUCAAGAGAAGUGUUAUGACAACUCAGUUGUACCAGGGAUUAUGCCUUCAGAGAGUUCCAUUCAAUAUUAAUUUUGAUUCACUGCCGAGACAUGAGAAAAUUGAGAAACUUUGCAUGGUUUUAGGAAUACAGUGGGCAAUUGAUCCUGAUGAAACAUAUGAGCUCACAACAGACAAUAUAUUAAAGAUCCUUGCCAUUGAAAUGCGAUUCAGAUGUGGGAUCCCUGUUGUCCUCAUGGGAGAAACUGGCUGUGGAAAAACUAGGCUUAUAAAAUUCCUGUGUGAACUGCGUAGGAGUGGUGCCAGUGCUGAUAACAUGAAGCUUGUCAAAGUCCAUGGAGGCACCACAGCAGAAGCAAUCCAUGCCAAAGUCAGGGAAGCAGAAAACAUUGCUGUUUACAAUAAGCAACAUUACCAAUUUGACACCAUUUUAUUUUUUGAUGAGGCCAACACCACUGAAGCUAUCAGCAGCAUCAAGGAAGUCCUGUGUGAUCGCACAGUCGAAGGGCAGCCUUUGGUCCACAACUCAGGGUUGGAAAUCAUAGCUGCAUGCAAUCCUUAUCGCAAGCAUACAGAGAGAAUGAUUCAGCGCUUGGAAUUGGCUGGCUUAGGCUAUCGUGUCAAAGCAGAGGCGACGAAGGAUAGGCUUGGCUCCGUUCCUCUUAGGCAGCUUGUAUACCGUGUCCAUGCACUCCCUCCUAGCAUGAUCCCUCUAGUGUGGGAUUUUGGGCAGUUGAACAACAUUACUGAAAAAUUAUAUAUACAGCAGAUUGUACAAAGACUUACUAGGUCAAUACAAAUGUCUGUUGUUGAAAUCCAGACAAUAACAGAUGUGCUUUUUGAGUCUCAGACGUAUAUGAGGCAAAGGAAUGACGAGUGCAGCUUUAUCAGCCUGAGAGAUGUGGAACGCUGCGUGGAAAUCUUCAAGUGGUUCCACAGCCACAGUGAACAACUAAUGAGACAUCUGGAGAAACAUGUUGCAGAGAGGAAGGCCACUAAGGGUUUUGUCCAGAGAGACAAAGUCAUUUGGUCUUUGGUUCUUUCAGUGGGCGUUUGCUAUCAUGCCUCCUUGGAACGGAAAGGGGCAUACCGAAGAGUCAUCAGCAAAAUCCUUCCAAAGCCAUAUCAUGAUGAAAAGGGAAUUCUUGAAGAGAUUGGCUUAGUUCAGGAUCUUUUCUUGAGUGGUGCUCCUUUGAGGGAAACGAUAGCAAGGAACUUGGCACUGAAGGAAAAUGUCUUUAUGAUGGUUAUCUGCAUUGAACUUAAAAUCCCUUUGUUUCUUAUUGGAAAGCCUGGCAGCUCCAAAUCUCUUGCCAAAACUAUUGUGGCUGAUGCCAUGCAAGGCCAAGCAGCCUAUUCUGAGCUUUAUAAGGAACUGAAGCAAAUCCAUUUGGUGUCCUUUCAGUGUAGCCCACACUCUACCCCUGAGGGAAUCAUAAACACUUUCAAGCAUUGUGCUCGCUUCCAGGAAGGAAAGAACCUGAAAGAGUAUGUCUCUGUAGUAGUGUUAGAUGAAAUUGGCUUGGCUGAAGACUCCUCCCAAAUGCCUCUAAAGACCCUUCACCCACUCUUGGAAGAUGGAUGUGUUGAUGAUGAUCCACUCCCUCAUAAAAAAGUUGGCUUCAUUGGGAUAUCUAACUGGGCUCUGGAUCCAGCUAAGAUGAAUCGAGGCAUCUUUGUGUCCCGCGGAGACCCAAACAAGAAGGAACUCAUAGAAAGCGCAAAGGGCAUUUGCUCCUCAGAACGUGUCAUCCUGCAGAAAGUUGAGCGUUUCUUUCCCAUAUUUGCGGAUGCGUACGAAGAGAUUUGCAAGUCCCAAGGAAAGGAGUUCUUUGGGUUGCGUGACUAUUACAGCCUCAUAAAAAUGGCAUUUGCCUUGACAAAAAAAUUGAAGAGAGAGCCAGCUCCCCGUGACAUAGCAGAGGUGAUUCUCCGCAAUUUCAGUGGAAAAGAAAGUGUUGAAGCCUUGGACAUUUUUAUGUCUAAGGUACCAGAGAAAGGAGAAGUCGUCUGUGAGGAUAUUAGUACAAUUGAUCUAGUCAAGCAAAACAUUUACAGUGACUAUCAGGAUGGUGAAUGCCGCUACCUGCUGGUGUUAACAGAAAAUUAUGCAGCCCUUCAGAUCCUCCAGCAAGCUUUUUUCAAAGGUACACAGCAGCCAGAAAUUAUUUUUGGUUCCAGCUUUCCCAAAGACCAGGAAUACACCCAGAUCUGCAGAAACAUCAACCGAGUAAAGAUCUGCAUGGAGACUGGGCAGAUGGUUAUUCUUCUCAACCUGCAGAAUCUGUAUGAAAGCCUUUAUGAUGCCCUGAACCAGUAUUACGUUCAACUUGCUGGCCAAAAAUAUGUUGACUUGGGCUUAGGGACCCAUCGAGUGAAAUGCAGAGUGCAUCCCAAGUUCCGUUUGAUUGUCAUUGAGGAGAAGGAGGUGGUAUACAAACACUUCCCCAUCCCUUUGAUCAACAGGCUUGAGAAACACUACCUGGAUAUCAAUACUGUGCUGGAGAAGUGGCAAAGGGACAUUGUAGAAGAAUUGAAGAAAUGGGUGAAAAACUUCACAGCAGUUGAAACGGAAAAACAUUUUAUGGGACAGCAGAAGUAUACUCCUUCCGAUGUUUUUGUUGGCUACCAUUCUGACACCUGUGCCUCAGUUGUCCUGCAGGUGACAGAAAAGCUGAAAACUGAUGUUUCUCCUCGGGAACUAAUGCGAAAAGUACAAGAAGAGGCCAAGUUGAUACUGUUAAACUGUGCAACGCCAGAUUCUGUAGUCCGUCUUGCUGAUUCACAGCUGGGUUCCUUUCUGGCAGGUGACUUGGCUAGGAUAUAUUUUCAGCGACAACAGCACACGUCUCUUGCGGAUUUCCUUCGUGCUUGCCUUUGCACAGAGUCGAGGGGUUGUACAAUCUUUACUGAGAUUACUACUUUCUCUAGACUCCUGACUGCAGCAGAUACAGAGACUUUGAAGGCAGAAGUAUGGGGCAAUAUAGACCCUCCAAAAGUUCUAUUCUUGCAACAGUUUGACACAGAACACUCAUUUUUGAAAGAAAUUCGGAAUUCUCUUGAUGUCACACCUGGAAAUAAAAUACUAAUUAUUCAGACUGACUUUGAAAAUGGAUCCCUCAGUGCCCAGCUUGUUGCAUCAGCCAAAUACUCAGCUGUUAAUGAAAUCAACAAAACAAAUCUGUGUGAAGCAUCAGUGUUUGUGUUCUUCAUCACUAAGUUGUCUCGAGUUGAAGGAGGAAGUUCCUAUGUGGGAUUUCAUGGAGGAAUGUGGCAGUCUGUGCACAUUGAUGAUCUAAGGAGAUCCAAGGAUAUUGUUUCUGAUAUAACUGCCCUGAGAAACAUCACCAUCAGCCAGCUGUUUUCUGAUGACAUGGGAAAGUCUGCAGAGAAAUGUGAAUCUGUGAUGAUGAAGAAGGGAGUAGAAGAUCAGGAGGACGAGAUGGAAACAGAAACAUUGGCUACCAAAAUCUUGGACACCACUAUCCUGCUGAGGAGCUGUGUGCAAAGUGCUGUGGGAAUGCUAAGAGACGGAAAUGAGGGUGCCAGCCGUAGCACUAAGAGGAUUGAAAUUCUCCUUAGCCUCCUAUCAGAGGAAGAUUAUUUGAAAGCCUCCUUCCUGAAGAUAACAAAGAAUCGCCUCUUAAACCUUUUGAGGGAACAAGAGGAGAAUUCUUACACCAUGAAAGAGUGGGUGCUCCGGGAGGCAUCAGACCUCAGUGCCCUCCAAGAAGCAGGAACUUUCAGACACACCUUAUGGAAACGAGUCCAGAAUGUGGUGACUCCGUUUCUGGCAUAUAUGGUGUCUGUCCUAGACAGAGAUUGCAACCUGGACAUCUUGGUCAGACCAACAACAGAAACAUGUGUGGAAGCUCUGUGGAUGUUCAUUUUCAAUGAUCUGAAGCUUCUGAACAUCCCUUAUGUCAUGGGUCAGAGCAGCUCCCAAACUGAGACAAUUCUGGUGCAGAAUAACUUUCAGAUAUUUACAAAUUCUGGCAACCAAAUGCCCUUCAGUUGGAGGAUAAAGGAUUACUUGGAAGAUCUUUGGGUUCAAGCUCCAUAUGUCACUGGCAAUGAAGGCCAUGCAGUAAAGUUUGUAGAACUCUUUCAGAAGACACCACUGGGGCAAUAUAUCGCUGAUCUCUCUGUUGAAGAGAGGGACAAACUUUUCCACUGUUAUAUUGGAGAUUUCAUCUGUCUGACAGUGGGUGUGGCCUCUCAUGAGGAACUAAAUUUGCUGCAAAUGGCUCUCUUGUCAUGCAUAGAGGAAAUGAAGGCAGCAUCUUCCAGUGCAGAAGAGAGGGUGCUGCCCCUUCCCUGGAUCCAUCUUGGUUACUAUCAGUUUAGAAGUCGUCUGCAAAACUUCGCCAGGAUUCUUGCUGUGUACCCUGAUGUGUUUAGUGUUCUCACUGAACAUGCAAAGAAAGGAUGCAACCCCUUGCAUCACCAAAUGGUACUGGAUCUGCUUGCUGCAGUGGCCUGCACGGAGAUGUUGGAAGAAAAACUGUUGAAAUGCAGAUCUCAAACAUGGCUCCGUCAGGUUAAGAAGCUUCAAAUGCCAAUUGAACUUGUGUGCACAUCAAACUACAUACAAAGCAAUGGGAGCCUAUGUGACCAGCUGCUCCAGGAAGUCAAGAACCGAUGGAAUCGGAUUUUCUCAGUGUCGCUCUUUAUGGAACAUGUCCUGCUUGGAGCAGAAACAAAGAUCCCAGAGGUGCAGGAGGUGGUAAAGGGGUACACCUCAAGGCUUGGAAAUUGCUUUCAAUGGAAUUCUGACAUCAAAACUCAUAACACAUUCACUGCAGUGAUGAAAGUGCUGUGCCAGUGCAAGGAGGAAAUCAGUUUAUCAUUUUGCAGGUAUGGUUUGAGGCCGUGUCCAAUUUGUUUGGGAGAUCCAGGGGAUCCAGUCAACCUUCCUUGUGAUCAUGUGUUUUGUCACAGUUGUAUCAAACAAUGGCUGGUGCCAGGACAGAUGUCCUGUCCACUCUGUCACGUUGAACUACCAGAUGGCUAUUCUCCUGAAGUAUCCAAAGAACUCAGCAUUGGCAUAGAAAAAAACGCCCAGUUUCGUAAGUUUUGCAACAGUUUCUUCAUAGACCUGGUUUCUACUAUGUGUUUCAAAGACAAUGAGCCCCCAGAAAAAGCUGUGAUCCAGGAUCUGCUGAACCUCCUCUUUCUUCAUGAGGUGCCUUUGAGAGGUUCAGGAAACUGCAGGGUGCAUACAAAAUCUCUGUCUCCUUUUAAUGAUGUGGUGGAUAAAAACCCCAUAAUCCGUUCUGUGGUGCUGAAGUUGCUUCUAAAAUACAGCUUCAGUGAUGUGAAAGUCUACGUACAAAAAUACUUAUCAGAAGCAGAAUCAAGUUGCAUCAUAGACAAAGAUGAUAAAACAAAACUGUAUGUGCUGUUUGUCAACUGCCUUGAAGAUUCUAUGUGUGAGAAAUCUGGAGCCUCCUCUGAGGAGAGCAAGGCAAACUGUCUGAAAGAAGAUGGGCGCUUCCUGGCAAACUACUUAGAGUGGUGCAGGAGCCGCCAUGAGGCCUCUCAAAAAGCCACCAUUGAGUACUUGCAGGGAGUGGCCCAUAUCCGUCUGUGCAUGGAUAGGGCUGCAGAGCUGCUCUUUGAACUUCAUGGAACUUCAGACGGUAGUAAACAACCAGAAGAGAAGCAGCUCUACCUGCAAAGAGUGAGCCAGUUUUGCUGUCAGACUAAAAAUGACUGGUAUAGAGUUUACCUUGUCAGAAAGCUUACUAACCAGUAUGGGAUGGAGUUCACACAGAGGCUUUCCAAUGAACAUCAGUGUCACUGGAUUUUUCCAUCGGAAAUAAUUCAACAGCGACAGACAAAUCAGCACAGUCAGAUUGAUCGGUUCCUGGUAUGUGGCAAAAACUACAGAGUGGUGCGUGAUGCUUUGGGGAAAGCAAUGUUAGAAUGCCAGGCAGAUGGCAUUGCAGCAGCCUUGAAGGCAUGCAACGGCUCCAAGUCUGCCCAGGCUGUUCAUUUUCUCUUGGCUGUUUUCAGAGAGCUCACAUCUCUCUAUGGAUGCAGGGACCAGAUUUUUCACCCUAAGCAAGAGCAAUGUGAUGUCCUUAAAGGGUUCUUCCAAAGCUCCAAAGUUCUUCCUUCUCCAGAACUGGAGACAUUUGCAGAAUCUCUGGUGGACAACAGGCUCUCCUCACUGACACUGAGCCCCCAGGAUUCCAGUCACAAGAGGGUAGUGACUGAAAUAGCAGUUCACACUGCUGCUGUCUUACUGUCUUGCCAGAGUCGAACCCUUGAACCUCUAAGGAAUCUGGCAUUCUUGCCUCAUACCAUGCAGAAUGCUUUUCUGCCAACAAUGCCGGAAGACUUACUGGCUCAGGCUGUGAACUGGGAGGCAACAGCAGGACUUCACUGGUAUACAUGUCCAAAUGGUCAUCCCUGCACCAUUGGAGAGUGCGGUCAACCUAUGCAACGUGGUCGUUGUGUUGAUUGUAAUGCUCUAAUAGGAGGCGACAACCACAGGGCAGUGUCAAACUUUCAGAAAGCUCAGACUAAUCAAGACAGGACACAAACUGGCCAUGUGCUUGGAGACCCUGGAAAAAGAGAAGCUGUGGUAGCAUCUGAGAGGGAGAUGACUCCAGGUGCCUUAAUUCUGAUUCGCUUGCUCACUCAUUUGGCACUGCUUUUAGGAGCCACAAAAGAUCACCAGUCGCUACUGCAGAUCAUAAAGCCAGAGGUCCAGGAUCCAGUGAGCUUUCUCCUGCAGCAUAUUUAUAAGGACUUGGAGCAACUGAUGAAUACUUUUGGGAAGAGCGCUGACGAAACCACUAAUGUCAUCCAUCUCAUUUUGUGUAGCCUUCUCAAGGAGCCUCACCAGCAGACAGGUCAAUGGCCAGUGCGAUUUGAUGGUCAGCUCUCCACAAAACAGCAAAGAAACAGCUGGGAAGAAAUUGUUGCACGCACUAUUAUUCUUCCUGAACUGGAGCUUCUGGAUAAAAAACUUCAGGAUUUGAAUCGACAAAUCAGUGAGGAUGAGAGAAUCUCUUCCAACCCAAUAGUGAAAAUUAUAUAUGGGGACCCUGCAAUCUUCCUCUCUGAAUUGCCCAACAGUGCUGUGCACAGUUCUAGGAUGUGGAGCUGCAGGAAGAGGAUGUCAGUUGAGUACCUGGGGCAUGUUGUUAGGCAGAAAGGUGCCAAGGACAUGGUGCCCAUCUUGUGGAAAUUUCUGCAAAAGGAAGCUGAACUGAGGCUGGUGAAGUUUUUGCCACAAAUUCUGGCCCUGCAGAAGGACUUGGUGAAAAGAUUCCAGAACAUAUCAGAGCUGGAAUACCAAACAAUUGAAGAUUUCCUCAACAACAUUCCCUCAGGAGGCAAGAAGAACCUCAUGAGAAAAACAGUAAAAACAUUUCUGGCUGUGUGGAACAAGCUGAGAUCAUCCUUGGAAACCAGUGGUGAAAUUAAACUCCCCAAAGGUUAUUGUGAUACAGACCUCACCUUGCAGAGUGACUUUGAGAUCCUUCUGCCUCGCCGGCGGGGUCUAGGCCUAUGUUCCACUGCCUUGGCCAGUUACCUCAUUGGAUUGCACAAUGACUUUGUGUACAGCACAGAAAAAUAUACAACAGAUGCCAACAGAUACUCUGUGAGCCCUGCAGAAGUGACAGAUCUGCAUGUGAUCAUUUACGAGGUGGAGAGGGAUUUGAUCCCACUAAUUCUGUCAAACUGCCAAUAUAGCAUGGAGAAAGGAGGGGAGACUCACCAGGAAUUUGACCUGGAAAAAAUCGAACAGCAGGUCACAAACAGAUUCCUACAAGGGAAGCCUUUCAUCACAUUGACGGGCAUACCCACUCUGAUGUACAGGCAUGACCAAAAUUAUGAGCAUAUCUUCGGUGAUAUCAAGAGCAAGCUGAGCCAGAGCUCCCUUCCAAAUGCCACAGUUAGCAUGAUCAGUGGGGAGUUGCUGUCUUACAGUGACAUCUGUGAAGCUCUGUCUGUCACCGAAAUAACCUUAGGAUUCCUGGCCAUGGCUGGAGGAAGCCCAGAGAUGACUUUGACCAAUUAUGUUGAAAAUAUUCUGCAAAUGGGUAGUCAGACAAGUGGUCAUGUGCUGAAGGCACUAAGCCGAUGCAACCUAGAGCACAUCAUUGCACUGUGGCAACUCCUUUCAAGCCAUAAAUCUGAACAGCUGCUGCAUCUGAAAAGGGAUCCCUUUGCAGAGGUCAGCACAUCCUAUAAAGAUGAGCUCACUGCAGGGAACACAAAACUCCUCAAUGCUUUCCUCAUGCAGGCUGGGCUGGAGUCCUUCCUCCAAGAGUUGCAUGAAAUGAUCGUCCUGAAGCUGAAACAUGCUAAAGCUGUGGAAGAGUUCAAACCUAUAUGGAGCCUUAAACAUACAUUUAUUUCAUACCUCGAAAGGAAAGGGAGCAACAUGCCAGAGGAGCUAGAGGAUGCAUUUCCAGAAGAAAUCCAGCUCUCCCAGUGUAUUGCUGCCUGGAAAGUUGCUGCCAUUCUUAAACGAGAUCGAAGACUCGGUUAAUGCAGCACCAUCAUUGUCAGACUCUGUGCUUCCUCACCUCUCCCCCAUCCCAUUAAAAACAAAUAACUGAAGAGCAAAGCUCUGGAUUUAGGUUUGCUUUUCUUGCACUGAGCAACAUAAAUUAUGGGACCAAAAAGCUUUCAUAGCUCAAGGAGAUCCUAAAUGAAAGUUUCCUUGCACUAUAUUAAGAAUAAACUAUACAGGAGGGCCCCACUUAUAUGGCAGGUUCUGUACCGGACCCCCACCGUAAAGCGGAAAUCGCCGUAAAGCAGAACCCCAUUGAGUAUAAUGGGGCGCAUCGCGCCAAAAUGCCACAAAAGCACAAAAGUCAGCUUUAAAAUGGGGAAUGAAAGCCGCCGCAUUAGCAGAACACCGGGAAGCGAAGCGCCGGGAAGCGGGGACCUACUGUAAUGCACAAAUCGAAAGGAAUUUCUGCCUUAGAAGCUAAAAAAAUAAUUAAUGAUAUUCCCCACCACUUCCACCAUGGUAAAACUCAAGUUAAAGAUGCAAACCACAUUGAGAGGAAGGUGUAGAAAAGGCAAAAAAGACCUUUUCAGCAGCCAAUCUAAAGGCUUAGUGUCACACAUCCUUGAAAGAACCAGGGCAUAAACCAUGGGUAUGGUUAAUAAAGCAGGAGGUUUGCGUCACCUUACUAUGACGGGUCUCUUCCCUUUGAGUCAUUUAGGUGGGCAAGAGAUAAAGAACUAAUCCUCUUUCCCUCAGUUUGCUAACAAAGCUGCCUUCCUCUAGUAUCAGGGACAUCAUUUGUAACUUUAUUUUGCCAUGGGGUGUCUGUUUCUCUGUGGAUCAGAUCACCCAAACAAAGAAUGUCAAAGCUCAGUCGAGGAACUUGUUCAGGUGGCUGCCGUGAAACAAUGGGGUAGGCAUGAGCUACCUCGAUAUCACCACCAACACAAGAAGCAAGUAAUUAAGGUUCCUAGCCUUUUUGGCCCUUGUGAAAUCAGUUGUUAUAUUCAAAAUGCAAACAUCGCUAAUAUCAGCUAGUAUAUCUAAGUUACGAAGGUCAAAUAAAGACAAAGGAGUUCAUGCAUACAAUGUUCCAGCUACACAAUAGUUGAUUUUGAGACUCGUGAAUGAGAAGAAGGCUGCCUCAGUGGGUGAAUAUACUUUUCACUGAUGUUGGUAAAUUUGUAACUGUGAUUAUGAUUCAGUAUACCUAACUUCUCUUUGGGCUGAAAAACAGCUCAGACACAUCUCUUUAAGAAGGAAACAGUAAAAUGUGUUAGAUCUAUUGACCCAAUUGCUGUCUCUUUGAAUGCUUCCAAAAAUAAAAUGACCUUUUUUAUUUCAUUUAUAUUAAUUAUGUUAGACUUUCAGCUGAAUACUGCACAUUCAAUAGCGUGAAAUGAUGCCCCUAGUUGAAACAAAAGGAGUGAAUAAGAUUGUUUCAAGAAGGAAGAAAAUGCUACUUACACUUUUAUGACUUGUGCACUAUUAAUAAUUUGAAGGAACUUUUUAUUUCUGUUGGUGAACUAUGUAGAUAUUGAUAUUUUUAAACACCUUACCCAUAAUACUUUUUCCAUAACUUCUCUCAGGGUGAAAGCAAAGUAGAAUCUGCAAGUAUAGGCAUUGCUCUAAAUGAUACUUUCCAUGUUUUGCUGGUGCUCUAAAUUGUAUAUGCUUUAAAAGUAACAAGAUUCUUAAUAGGAAGUCAUGCCUAAUGCACAUACACUUCCUUCAGUUCACUGAACUUUUUCUUAAAGGGCUAGCAAAUUCACUUUUUUCACUGUUUAAAUAACAAAAUCUCACUUCACAUUUCUGGGUACUGGUAUUUCUGGCUAUCUGCGUAACUUCUCUAAGCCUAACCUGUUCAGCAUUGAUAAUCUACUGACAAUCUAUAUUGGCUACCAAAUAAAGUUUAUGUGUCUUUGUUAUAAUAACUAAUUUUUAGCUUCUUUCAGCAGUUACCUUAUUUCUAGAAUGUUGAAAGCUGAUGCCGUGUUGCUUACACUUGCUCUGUCUCCGAACAAGAAGAAUGCAAGGGACAGAAUACAGUGAAGGAACUACAUGAUUCUCCUUGAAUAAUGUGUGGAUUAUGAUUUAACUGCGACAGUAUUAGCAGUAUGUAGCUUACUGUGCUGGCAAAAACAGUAAGCUGUGGAUCAGUCUACCCAUAUGCUGGACUAGGGAGAGAAUGGCCAAUUUUACAAAUGUGUAAAAAUUAUUUUGUAGGUUUUUUCAUUUUUAAUAAAAAUAUUUGCUGCCAAA